UCAAUUGUCAAUCCCUUCCACUCAGAUUUGCUCCUUUCUCUCUUUCCACCGUGAGAACUGGUUAUCGGAACGUUCGCUCAGAGCAGUCAAAAGUACUCAAUGGGAACCGUUUCGCUUCUGUUCUUCUAUUCUAAAUUCUACUCCCAUUCCCGUCAUUGAAGUUUGCCUCUCUCUCCGUGUCUCUGGCUUCAGUCAAAUUUGACUUUCAUUUCUCUGCAAUUCGUCCAAUCCUUCAAUCACAGCACCGCGUUACCUGCACGAGGCUCUGUUUGGUCGCUACUAAAUUUCAGCCGAAGAAAAAGAUAUCAGAUCUUGGGUUACGACACGGAAAUAAAUGAGGUUUUAGAGAUCGCAUUCUUGUGGAACUGAAGGCCGUGGCGGUCUACUAGUUGCUGUUUAGUUUGCCAUGGAUGAGGAAAAUGCUGUCGAGCUUCUACAAAGAUACAGGCGGGACAGGCGGAUACUUCUUGAUUUUAUACUUUCUGGUAGUCUGAUAAAGAAAGUUGUGAUGCCUCCUGGUGCAGUUACACUAGAUGAUGUGGAUCUUGAUCAAGUUAGUGUCGAUCAUGUCCUCAAUUGUGCUAAAAAAGGUGGAAUGCUGGACUUAUCAGAAUCUAUUAGAGAUUAUCAUGAUCACAUUGGCUUACCCCAAAUCAGUAAUACAGGUUCUGCUGGUGACUUUUAUUUGGUUACAAGUCCUGAAUCUUCAGGUUCACCUCCGAAACGUGCACCGCCGCCUGCUCCUGCUUUCACGCCACCUCCUGUUUACACACCAUCCCCCGUUUCCACACCAGCUUCUGUUUCCGCACUAGCUCCGACUUUUGCACCAUCUUCCAUUGUGUCAAAUGUGUCAAGAUCUGAGUCUUUUAACUCCACACAGGUUCAAGAACUGACUGUAGAUGAUAUUGAAGAUUUUGAGGAUGAUGAUGAUGCUGAAGAGGUUGAUAGUCUCAGAGUUUCAAGGAGGAACACAAAUGAUGCUUCUGAUCUUGCACUUAAAUUGCCUUCUUUUGCAACAGGAAUCACUGAUGAUGACCUCCGUGAAACUGCAUAUGAAGUCCUUUUGGCAUGUGCUGGGGCCACAGGGGGUCUCAUUGUACCAUCAAAGGAGAAAAAGAAAGAUAAAAGGUCCAAGUUGAUGAGAAAGCUUGGACGUAGUAGAAGUGAAAAUGUUGUCAUGCAGUCACAACAUGCACCUGGAUUGGUCGGCUUGUUGGAGACCAUGCGUGUCCAGAUGGAGAUAUCUGAGGCAAUGGAUAUCAGAACAAGACAAGGCUUGCUCAAUGCGCUUGUGGGAAAGGUGGGAAAAAGAAUGGAUACCCUAUUGAUUCCUCUUGAGCUUUUGUGUUGUAUCUCGCGCACAGAAUUUUCUGACAAGAAGGCUUUUAUAAGGUGGCAGAAAAGGCAGCUAAAUAUUUUGGAGGAGGGGCUUAUUAACCAGCCUGUUGUAGGAUUUGGGGAAUCUGGGCGCAAGGCAAGUGAAUUGAGGAUUCUACUGGCAAAGAUUGAGGAAUCUGAGUCUCUUCCACCUUCCACGGGUGAGCUUCAACGAACGGAAGCCUUGAGAUCUCUUAGAGAGAUUGCCAUUCUGCUUGCUGAGAGGCCAGCUCGUGGUGACUUAACUGGUGAAGUAUGCCACUGGAUAGAUGGUUAUCCCCUAAAUGUUAGAUUAUAUGAGAAACUUCUUCUCAGUGUCUUCGACAUGUUAGAUGAGGGAAAGCUGACAGAGGAAGUGGAAGAAAUUCUUGAGCUCUUGAAGUCGACCUGGCGUGUUUUAGGAAUCACAGAGACCAUCCAUUACACCUGCUAUGCAUGGGUGCUAUUUCGUCAGUAUGUUAUUACAAGCGAUCAAGGAAUCUUGCGACAUGCCAUGGAACAGCUGAAGAAAAUACCAUUGAAGGAACAACGGGGUCCACAAGAGAGGUUACACUUGAAUGGUUUGCAUUCCAAAGUUGAACAAGGGGGUUUUCGGGAGUCGUCUUUCUUACAAUCCUUUUUAUCACCCAUCCAGAAGUGGGCUGAUAAGCAGCUAGGAGAUUACCAUCUGCACUUUGCUGAGAGAUCGGCAAUGAUGGAGCAUAUAGUGGCAGUUGCAAUGGUUACUCGAAGGCUUCUUUUGGAAGAACCUGAGGCAUUGCAAUCUAUCUCCAUCACAGAUCGAGAUCAGAUAGAAUCGUACAUAUCAUCAUCCAUCAAAAAUGCUUUUUCCAGGAUGCUGCAAACUGUUGAAAAAUCAGACUCAAUACAUGGACAUCCUUUGGCGUUGCUUGCAGAAGAGUCCAAGAAACUUUUGAAAAAAGAUUCAACCAUGUUCAUGCCUGUUUUCUCUCAGAGGCAUCCACAUGCAGCUGUUGUUUCAGCAUCACUUGUUCAUAAGCUGUAUAGGAACAAGUUGAAACCCUUUCUUGAUGGUGCUGAACAUCUGACAGAGGAUGUUGUAUCUGUAUUUCCGGCAGCCGAUAGCCUUGAACAGUAUAUACUGGCCCUUAUUAUGUCUUCAUGUGAAGAGGAGACCUCAGAGGUCUACUGUAGAAAACUAAUUCCAUAUGAGAUUGAAUCUAUAUCCGGAACCUUGGUGAUGCGCUGGGUCAAUUCGCAGCUCGGGAGAAUUUUAGGUUGGGUUGAACGGGCCAUUCAACAAGAGAGGUGGGAGCCAAUAUCACCUCAACAGCGGCAUGGGAGUUCAAUUGUUGAAGUUUAUCGAAUUGUGGAGGAGACGGUUGACCAAUUUUUCACUCUUAAAGUUCCAAUGAGAUCUACAGAGCUGAAUAGCGUAUUUCGUGGCAUUGACAAUGCUUUUCAAGUGUAUGCAAAUCAUGUAAUUGACAAGUUGGCUAGCAAGGAGGACUUGAUUCCACCUGCGCCUAUCCUCACACGAUACAAGAAAGAAGCUGGAAUAAAGGCUUUUGUAAAGAAGGAAUUGUUUGACCAUAGGCUGACGGAUGAGAAAAGAUCUACUGACAUAAAUGUCUUGACUACACCAACCCUCUGUGUUCAGUUAAAUACUCUACAUUAUGCUAUUAGUCAGCUGAAUAAGUUGGAAGAUAGCAUUUGGGAGAGAUGGACCAAGAAAAUGCCCCGUGAAAAGUUGAAAAAGAAAUCUAUUGAUGAGAAAUCCAAAAGUUUCAUCCAAAAGGACGCAUUUGAUGGGAGUAGAAAAGAUAUAAAUGCUGCUAUCGACCGGAUUUGUGAAUUUACUGGAACUAAAAUAAUCUUCUGGGAUUUAAGGGACCAGUUCAUUGACAACUUAUAUAAACCCCGUGUUGGUCUUUCUAGGCUGGAAGCACUGAUUGAACCACUUGAUGCGGAACUUAGUCGACUUUGUAAUAUAAUUGUGGAGCCCCUCAGGGAUCGCAUUGUUACCAGUCUGCUUCAGGCAUCCCUAGAGGGCUUACUUCGUGUUGUAUUAGAUGGGGGCCCAUCACGACUUUUCUCCCUGGCUGAUGGAAAACUAUUGGAAGAAGAUUUAGAAGUCUUAAAGGAGUUUUUCAUUUCUGGUGGAGAUGGGCUUCCUCGAGGAGUGGUGGAAAAUCAUUUGGCACCUGUCCGGCAUGUAAUACAGUUGCAUGGCUAUGGGACUCAAGAACUGAUCGAUGACUUGAGAUCUAUGAGUGGCUCGGACAUGCAGGACAGCAGAAGCAAACUAGGAGCAGAGCCAAAGACGCUAUUGAGAAUAUUAGCUCACAGGGCUGAUUCAGAGGCCUCUCAAUUCCUCAAGAAGCAGUACAAAAUACCUAAAUCUUCAGCUUAGGUAACGCCUGUUUCACUAGAAGGAAAGCCAAUGUAACAUAAAUGUGUACUUUAGCCACUUGCUCAUGUGAAAAUAAAUCCCAUUCAUACGACUCUUCAUGUAUGCAUUUUUCAAAAAAAAAAAAAAUGUUCUUGUAUGGGUACGUUGUAUUUCAUUUUUUGUGCCGUUUGAUGGCGAUUUGUAGUGUGUACACUGUAACUGAUUCAAUUGCGGCAUUUCUCUAUCAUAGGUGCUUCAGGCUUGAGUUGUGGAA